AUGGAUACUGCCACAGAUAAUGUGUUACGCUACCCAUGGUUUCCAAAUGACCAGCAGGGGCUUCCAUCAACAAUGGCAUCUGCCGCAGUCGCAGGCUUGCUUUCGCGAGCUGUUGCGCACCCGCUCGAUACAGUCAAGGCUGUGAUCCAGGUCCAAACUAAAUCAAGAGAUACGCCCAAAACGGUAUUUGAGAGAUCCAGGACAGUGCGGACGCUGCUUUCUAUCUGGAAGGUGGAUGGUUUGAGAGGGCUCUACCGAGGCUUCGCAAUCACGUCUGCACUGGCGAUUCCAGCAACCUGCUUGUACUUUAGUGCAUACGAAAUCCUAAAGUCGCACGUCAUGAAGCUUUUUUUCGGGACCGCCGAUCAGAACACCACGUCGGCGGAACUGAGCUUUGGGUCAGCUUUCAUUGUGGACUCCGUCUGUGGUUUCUCCGCUGAGGCCAUCUCCUGUCUUCUUUAUCUUCCCAUGGAUGUCUGCAAGGAGCGACUGCAAGUGUACCCAGCAAUGCGGUCGGAAAGCUCUCCGAUAACAAAGCCAACUCUAAGGGAGGUUGUACGCGCUGACGGGAUUAGUGGACUCUACCGUGGCUACGGGGCAACUCUUCUUUCCUUUGGACCAUUCAGCGCUCUAUUUUUCACGCUAAAUCAUCAAUUCCGUGAACUCGCCGGACACAUAAUGGGACCAGCUACGGACCCACCAACCCUUGGAUCGUCUGCUGAAUGCCGCCCGCUCCUCGAUGCGACAGUUGCUGGGGCAGCUGCUGGAGCAGCAGCCUUUUUAACAGCCCCUCUGGACAAAGUGAAACUCAGGCUCCAGGUUCAGGCUAAGGCACCUCGUGGGCAUCAUGCGCCAUUUUACUACAAGCAUUUUUUUCAUGGUUUGGCGUCCCUUUUCAAAGCUGAAGGACUUUCUGGUUGCUUCGCCGGCGUAGGGGCGCGUACGACAUUUUCCAGUGGAUCACUUUUUCUGACCAUUUUAGUAAUGCAAAACGCACGCAAUGUUUACUGCCGCUAUCUCGAAGGAUAG